AUGGGAUACAGCCAAAGAACACAUGUUAACGCUGUUUUGGCUGGUGAAGCGAAAAAUCAGUCCGGACAUGCAAGCGUAGUAUUGAUGGUUCUCAAAGCUUUUCAAGAUAAAAUUUUAGAUUUUUUGUAUAGAGUGCAAAUCGUCACAUAUGUGUAUAAGCGUGCUUCGUGA